UAUGAGCUACCAGCAAAUUUCCAUUCUUCGGAGGUUACUCGAAUGGACUAUUUCUAAUGUAAGUAGAAUAGCUGCAAUUAUUGAUAUGAAUUAGAAGAACCAUUUCAAAAUUUUAUAUACACAACAUCUAAACAGUUUGAAUAGGUAUCAAGGAGCAAUUGAAUGUUUCGAAGAAGUUAUUUCUAUUAAUCCAAUAAGUGAUUCAGCAUGGAAUUGCAAGGGUAAUUAAUUGUUAGUAUUAAUAUUUUGGAUGGGCAUUAUCAAUUUAUUGAUAUUGGUUAAAUUGAAAGAAAUGAAUCAUUAGCAAGAAGCAAUUGAAUUCUACAACCAAGCUAUUUCUAUUAAUUAAAAAAGUGAUUCAACAUGGUUUGGUAAAGGUAAUAAAUUGUUAAAUAAAAUAAUUCGGGUAUUCAUUAAGCCAUUUGAGCCAAUAUAAAGAAGCAAUUAAAUGCUAUAAUGAAGCAAUUGUUAUAAAUUCUAAGUGUUAUAAAGCAUGGUUUAACAAGUGUACUGAAUUCUUAAGCAUUUGUAUUUAGGAAAUGCAUUAAGAAAUUUGAACCAACAUUAAGAAGCAAUUUAGUGCUACGAUGAAGCUAAUUUUAUAAAUCCUAAUUCGUAUGAGGUAUUGUUUAACAAGGAUAAAUAAUGGUUAAAAAUUAAUGAUUAGG